AUUCUUGCUGCAUAUAUAUAUAUUUUUUACAUAGAAAACAAGGCAAAUAUAAUCUUCUAGUUCCAUAUAAACUACGCAGAUUGUUUAUUUUUAGCCAUGAGCACAAAAAAUGAUAUAAGAGUCGUGAAUAAUGGGCUCAAAGAAUUUAAGUUUCCGCCUGUUUGGCGGGAUAAAUCCAAAAUAAAGGUGUUAUUUGCAAGCUUUCAUCCGCGUCACUUCAAUAUCGAAGAAUAUGAUGCAAAACUAAUAUUCUGGAUGGAUCUUAUAAGACAAUACUGUACCUAUUUGGGAAAAGCAAAUUUUAGUUUACGCGAGCUCCAAUUACAGUUUAUGCGCGGCGAGCAAAUACCUGCCUGCCUUGACGUUGUGAUGGCAGAAAUGGCGCAGCAAAAGCAGAUUCGUCUUCGUACCGAAUACGAAUCCGAUCCGCUGAACACUUGGAGGGCCUGGAUCGUGAACAGCUUUGUAAAGCGUCCUCUUUGGCACAGCUGGCAAAAACUGAAAUAUAGCAUUUUGGCAAGAGAUGUUAUUGCAGAAUCUUUUGUAGAAUGGAUUCACUUGGAUGUUCUACGUACAAUCUGCAGUGAAGUGGAAGAAAAAGUAUUGAGCAAAAAUCGUGGAAAAUUGUUGCAUUUAGAAGCCUUCAAGAAACUGUGCAAUACAUAUCAAAUGCGCAUUCAUGAAGAGUUUUUGGACUUGUGUCUACUUACUCUACAGGCACGCCGGCAAGUGGCCCUACACUAUAAAAUCGAAAGGCAAACCAGUUACGUGCACCUUAUCAAAAUACCAGCUGACGAGAGUGCAAGUCUGAAUAUAAGUGAGGCAGAUCUGGCUAUGCAUAAUCUGGAGAUGACGCAGGCUAGUCUGGUUCAACAGCUGGAAUCGCUAGAAGACGAAAUUAAAGUCAACGAUGAUAAAGCGCGUCAUUAUGUUAAGGAAAACAAAAGGCAAUUAGCGAAGACUUAUCUAAGAAAAAGGCGUUUGUUGGAAAAGAAUUACGAGCGACGUAGCAUUGCGCUGCAUAAUAUAGAAACCCUUCUAUCAAAUGUGGAUGACGCACAAAACAAUGGCGUAGUGCUGGACGCAUACAAAAUUGGAGCUAAGGCUCUGCAGACGGUUCUCAGCAACUCCGGUCUCAAGUACGACAACGUUGACGAAGUUCUGGCCGAUGUACGCGAUACUUUGGAUCAGCAUCGGGAAAUUCAAGAUGUUAUGUCAAGUAGCACAGCAGAAGUGGCGGCCAGCCAUGACGAAGAAGAGUUGGAAAUAGAGCUAAGCAGUCUGAUGGGUGGAAAUGAUACAGCGAAACCUUUAAAUCUGUAUAAUAAUAACAAUAAAACUGAGAUUGUAAUUGAGGAUGACCAGCUAAUUGCCAUGUUAGAUGAUCUAGAGGUAGAGGAUGGUACUCUCUCUCAAAUUAGCCAGAAAACACUGGAAUCCCUGUAAAACAUAUUUAUGUGAUCGUUUAAUAAAUGUAAUAUUUUCAA